AUGUCACACAACACCCCCGACAACCUCCUUAAGCUCGCCGCCGACCUGAACAAACUCGGUGGAGAACUCUGCGCCAUCGGUGGCAAACUAGCGACAGCCGCCACAACCCUGGAGCAAGAAGCUGCGAAUGUUGCUCUUGCCAAUGCGCAACGGUGGGGCGUCGAUGUACAGGUCGCUGUGAGAGCUGGUCCGCAUGGCCAGUGGGUUGGCCAAGGAAACGAGAUCGUUAUUAAUGGGGUGAAGAAAUAG